AAAGGUUAGUUUCCUAGGUUGGUUCAAUCGGUACUUCGUUCAUCCAAGACAAGGCGAUUGCACCUGUUGAGUAACAUGUCCAUAAGGAGUGGGCAUGUGGUGGAAUGUGACACUGAUAGCAGUACCAUCGAUGGAAGUGAUGGAUGUGAAGAAGUGAAUCAUGCCACGUCUAAUAGGUGGGCUGAAGGUGCUGAAGAAGAUGGGUUUGCGAUUAUUGAUCUUAAUGAGUUAUAUAGAAGAAAUGUACAAAGUAUAGAAGGUACUUCAAUGCGAAGGGAUACGCAGGAAGGUAGUUCAAUGCGGAGGGAUACGGAAGUUGGAGACGUCGGCUUGUAUGUAGAUACAUUAUCUGAUAAUGUAGAUUUGCUAAAUGUGGAUAGUCAAGUUGAGUAUACACAUCCCGAGUUUGAUGCUGAGGUGGAUAUGGAGAAUCCAACUUUCAAGUUGGGGAUGUGCUUUAGUAAUGCUAAAGAGUUUAGAGGAGCAGUUAGAAAUUAUGCUAUUAAAAAUGAGAAACAGGUGAGGUUCACUAAGAAUGCGCCAAAUAAGUUGAGGGCAGUGUGUUUUGACGGUUGUGGUUGGCUUAUAUAUGCCUCCAAAGUUCAAAGGGAGCAGACUUUACAAGUUAAAACCUUCAACCCCGUACAUACAUGCAAUAGAGCUCUACAUGUUCCUCAAGUGAGCUCUAAAUGGUCGGCAAACAAGUAUUGUGAUCGGUUGAGGAAUAAUCCAACGUGGCCUAGUGCUUCAAUGAAGAAAACAAUGGAGUCUGAAAAUGUUUUGAAGUUGUCCAGGACAAUGGUCUACAGAGCCGGGGUUACGACUAUGAGUAUGGUCACGGGAAAUGAGAAGGAGCAAUUUGGGAUACUUAGAAGCUAUUGCCAAGCACUUCUUGAUUCCAAUGCCGGAUCCACUUGUGUAAUCAAGAGUGAGCAAUGUGAAGACCAAUUCAAGUUUGAAGGAGUCUAUAUAUGUCUAGAUGCAUUGAGAAGGGGCUUUCUAGAAGGAUGUAGGCGCUUUGUGGGGUUUGAUGGUUGUCAUUUGUCAUCGGGCUACAAAGGUAUACUUCUAGCAGUUGUGGGCCUAGAUGGAAAUGAUCAAAUGUAUCCAUUUGCAUGGGCGAUCGUGGGACAAGAAACAUACAAGACAUGGCAUUGGUUCAUUAGUAUGAUCGCUGAAGAUUUGGGGAUUACGGACUCGGCAAAUUCAAAGUCUUGGACUUUCAUGUGUGAUAAGCAAAAGGGAUUGGUGCAAGCACUAGCUAAUUUGAUGCCUGAAGCGUAA